CAAUAGGAGGCUGACAGGAGGUGCGCGUGUGUGGUCGGCAGCGGUGUGAACAGUGCUGCAGAAUGUCUGGGAACAUGUUCCUCUCGCUGGUUCUCCUCUUUCUUUUAUACAAUGACCCCGCUGACGCGCAGAAGAAAAAAGAGACUCUGAUGUCAGAGAAGGUGACUCAGAUGAUGGAGUGGGCCUCCAAGCGCUCAGUAAUCCGGAUGAAUGGAGAUAAGUUUCGUCGCUUUGUCAAGGCUCCUCCCAGGAACUACUCUGUGGUCAUCAUGUUCACGGCACUGCAGCCACAGAGGCAGUGUGGGGUCUGCAAACAAGCUGAUGAGGAGUUCCAGGUGCUGGCUAACUCCUGGCGUUAUUCUUCUGCCUUCACUAACAAAGUCUUCUUUGCAGCUGUCGAUUUUGAUGAAGGAUCAGACGUCUUUCAGAUGCUUAGUAUGAAUUCUGCGCCGACCUUUCUUCACUUCCCAUCCAAAGGGAAACCUCGCAAGACUGAUACCUAUGAGCUGCAGGUCAGAGGCUUUGCAGCUGAGCAGCUGGCCAGAUGGGUGGCAGACAGGACUGAUGUGCAGAUCCGUGUCAUUCGUCCCCCCAACUAUGCAGGGCCUCUCCUGCUGGGCUUCCUCCUGGCUGUGAUUGGAGGACUGGCGUAUUUGCGAAGACACAAUUUGGAGUUUCUCUUUAACAAGAAUGUCUGGGCCUUCUCUGCACUGUGCUUUGUCCUCAUCAUGACUUCAGGCCAGAUGUGGAACCACAUCAGAGGACCACCUUAUGCACACAAGAACCCCAGCACCGGCCAAGUGAGCUACAUCCACGGCAGCAGUCAGGCCCAGUUUGUGGCAGAGACGCACAUUGUCCUCCUCUUCAAUGCUGCUGUUACCUUGGGAAUGGUGCUGCUGUGUGAGGCCGCUACCUCGGACAUUGACAUUGGAAAGAGGAAGAUUAUGUGUGUAGCAGGUAUUGGUCUGGUGAUGCUGUUCUUCAGCUGGCUGCUGUCAGUUUUCAGAGCAAAGUACCAUGGUUACCCAUACAGCUUCCUGAUGACUUAAUGCUGACCAGCAUCCUCCAACUUCACAGCAAGUAUGAACAGGAAGCUCCCCAAAGUGCUGCCCACCAGCUGGGUGCUGCCAACGGCAACGCCACAUUUCUCUUUAAUUUGUCUCCUAAUCUGUUGAGCCAACACACACUGUGCCUUCCUUUUACAAAGACUCAUGUUCCAACAACAGAGCCAUCACCAGUGUGAUUUCUACAUUAGAACUUUGGAAGCGUUUUCUAGUCCGGCUGUUACUGGACACAAGUUUUAGUCUGGUUCUUUCUGUUUGAAACGGGCCAUGGGCUCUCUUCUGUUUGUUUGGGUGUGGCUAAACUUCAACCAGGAUAUUUUAUUCAUGGAGCAGUUAUUUCAGUCAUCCAGGGUUUCAUUUUGGUAACCUCUUAUACGGGUCUUGUAAUAUCCUAUAAAUGUCCUUGAAAGAACACAUUAUGGCACUAAAUGUAGGCAAAAUAUCUGCAACAGCACACAAAGUAUUUAAGAAUCAACCAAUCCAAUUAGGUCCCCUUAAGUAAAGUUUUGUGAAGUUUAGAAGCAAUUGUUGAUUACAGAGAUCCAUUUAAACACAAAUUAAUAUGCAUGUGUUACUGUUUCUGUUGAAUUGUAAGCUCACCUGUGAUUAUUGAGCUGGGCUCUGCUGCUGUGCACUGUAUGAAUGACUCCAGGUUACGCCAGAAAUAAUCAUCAAAUAUACCAAUUGAAUACUGUCCAUGUUCCUAUUUAUUAGUACCCAAUUAUAUAAUUCUUUCUGGGACCCUUUCUAAGUAUUUACAGUUGUAAUUUAGUUUUUCGUGGCAGUGGUUGGCUAGUUGCAUCACUGAAGCGUGACACCUGUGAGGUAAAUACAAUAUAUAAAUAUAGGAUGGAGUUCUAUUUUCCACUCUGAAGCAGUAACACAAAUCAAAGCAGCUUAGAGUCAGAGUAUAAAAACAUGGGAACUCUGUCAAGGUAAAUCUAAAAAGAUCUACUGUAAAUGAACCUUUUGGUUUAGUGAUGGCCCCUCCAGCUGUGCAUUACUUUGUCAGACUCCUGUAUACAUACAUGGAGAACUUGUUUCUAUACCAUAUUAGAGGUUGGUAGACGGCAAUAACCACAACCACACGUCUGCUGCACCAAACAAGAUGAAUGAGAUCGCUCUUAAACAGCAUCAUACCGGUGUGUAGAUAUGGGGCAGUUGGUCAUCCAGCUUGUUUACUGUGUGUGUGUCAUCUGUCAAGUGACCACUGUGCUCAUGGGAACUGUAGUAUUUAGACCAAUUUACCAAACCAAAGGUACGUAAAAAGUGAUUUCAUAGUAACAAAUUAAAAGUACUUGUAACAUCGCCAUAUAAAUGCUGUCUUCCCAUCCUGUUGAGCACUGAGGUCAUCCUGCAGGUUCCUCUAUGUGCCUUAUACUUGCUGAGCCCCGGGGGGUCUGACAACGUUUUCUUAUGUAUGGAAUAAAAAUGGUUCCUUGUCAGAUUAUUUUAAUACACCUUAAGGCCUAAGGAUCCAAUGUGAGGUCCUGGCACAGAGAUGUCAUAUGUGUACAGAUUGCAAAGCCCUCUGAGGAUCAUUUGUGAUAUUGGGCUAUACAAAAUAAACUGAAUUGAAUUGUCUGAGCUGAAGCCAAUUUAAUUCAUCAAUUAUUCGUCACUACUUUGCUCCUUGAGAUUCAGUGUAGGAAUGAGCAGAGUGACACAAUACGGGAUUCAAAUGAAUGGUUACUAUGGUGAUGAAAUAACUUCUGUUUGGGUACAAACCUAUAUGGAAUUCAAAAGAAUAAAAUACUAGUAGAUGGAGGGAUGGGCUUUUUAUAAAGUUUUCUAGCCGCCUCAAUUAAUGUUCCUUUUUCUAAAUGAGAAGUUGCAAUUUGUAGAAAAAAACUGAUGAAUGAAGAAUACUCAAGGACUCUUUCUAAGCUAACAAAAGCACAACCAUUCUUAGUUUCAGGUGACCGUGGAAACAUAGGUAUGAAUAUGAUAUUCCAUUUCUGCUAAUAGUUCCCCCAAAAUGUGGAUUUAUUAAGUCACUUUACAGUAAUUAUUUGUUCACAAGCACUUUGGAUAAUAAAAUAACUUCUUUUCACCUGUAACAUUUUUGUUAAAAUGGAACUGUAGCAGAUGAAAAGUUAACUCUUCAACUUCCUGUUGUCCUUUAUUAUGUACACAUGAGAAAGGUGCAGAUGCAUUCAUUAGAAUACUAAUCACAAGUAUACAUCUCUUUCUGUUUCUGCUUUAAAUGUCUGUGGUUGCUCUCUAAGUUUGUACCAGGAGAGAAUAUUUGAUCUGAGAUGAUUAUUUCUCAUAUUAAAGUGCCUUAAAUUCC